UGCCAAACGCCGAACAUCAUGGAUCCACUCCAUAUCACUGAAUUCGCCUCGCCGCGAUACUUCAACAAAUUAAGACAACUCAAUGAGAAUGCGGAGAAUGCGGAGAAUGCUGAGAAUGCAACUUCUUCGACGGCGGCUCCAGCUCCAGCCCCAGUACUGCAGGCUUCUGAUCUACCUACCUCUGUACAGGCACCGACUUUCACGUUACCGUUAGGGAGACAACGGAGUGCUGAUAAUGAGAUAUUCCUGGCCCUCCGUCCCAGCAAGCAAAACAAGCGAUCACUCGGGCACGACCUCACAACGUUACGGACAACACGGCGUCCAAGUUUCGCUGGGUCCUUUGGGAGAUUACGAUCGCAGGUGAAUGUUAUUCACAAAACACCAUCAAUUGUUGAGCAUCACGAGGAAAUCCUGGCCGCGGAUCCGACUGCUCCUUUGACCUUGACCUUGGGAGAUCUAUUUCUCUCUCUUCCCAACGAACUUCAGACCCAAAUAAUUGCACCCCUUCCGAUACAUGAUAUUCUGAGCCUUCGUUUGGUAUCAAAAUCAUUCCACACAUCAGUGACUCUCAAUGAGGCACCCAUUGCGCGAUAUCAUGUAGCGAACACUCUUCCCGCAUACACUCUACGUUUGUAUCCCCAACCAAAGCCCAUGGAUCUCACACUUCAUUAUCUUUGCGGGAUAUGGCAUCGGCUACUCGUAGCCACGAAACUCGCAACCAUGAUAUCUUCUCAAGCCACUAAGGAGAUUUUCCUCCGAACAACCGAAAUUCAAAGGCUCGAAUUUGAGCCUCAACACAAGCGUAUGCGUGAACGGCUGAUGCCGCUCGUCUUCGCGCUCUUUCAUUACUUCGAGACCUACCGAGACUUACAUGUACGCCACAUAAAUUCAGGGGGUAUCCCGUUACGGUCUCAGGUGUUUACAAUGAAUCCCAUCGAGGUCCAAGUCAUGUCAAUGUACGACGACGAAACACUUCUCAAAAUGCAUCAAGUAUUCCCGCUAGUAAUAUCCUCGUUCUCCCGUCGUUUGCGACCCCCAUCCUACGCAGGACAAAUCGAACGUGCCUUCAAAGGUUAUCUGAAAGAUCGACCUGCCGACGAAGUUUAUGCCACGGUUCUCGAAGUAGGUGGAUUAAGACAAGCACAGCACUUUUGGGAGAUGAAAGGUUACAAUAUUCGUCGAGCGGCCGUGGACACGUGGUACGGAUUCGUGACCCGAAGUCCAGUGGAAGUGCCUACCAAGCCUAAGAUGGGAACGAAGAUUAUAUCGCAUCUCGGACGGAAGAAACACCAGCAAGCAGAGGUCGCGACUUCAGAAGCCGCAACCCACUCGGACGUCACAUGCUGCAACGAUUGGUUUUGUGUGAAGCCAUCUUGUGUAUCAGCUCGGCGUCGGCACUCCACGGAUAACCUAGUCUUCUACAACAGUCUUGCCGCCGGCCCACCCAUGGCUCCCCUUUCAAAAGAAACACUCCGAAACAUCCUACCAGACCUUCAACAUCUCUCUAAUAUAUGGAUGCACACCGCUGAAGCAUUGAUCUUGGAGAGGAAAAUAGUCAACCGGCCGCAAGACAUUAAACGCAAUUCAGAGAUCCUUCUUGCACUCAUCAAGGAGGAAGAGGUUGUCCCUGAUGCGAUCUCCAUGGACAACUUCACAACGCCUCCAACGAAUGUGCAUACCGAAGCACCAGCUGCACCUACAGGCGCUGUGUGCAACUAA